AUGGAUACAGAGAGGGUACCAAGAUCUAUUCUUGAUAAUGAAGAAGGUUCAACAUUUUUGAGAAUGUUAAUUACAAAAAAAAUGGCUAUACGUGGUAUGAAACUGACACAGUAUGAUCGUGAUAAAACAUCAUUAUGUAUCAUAGUUAUUCGUUCAACAACAAAUAAAUUUAUUAAGACACAAGAUGUUUUAUCGUAUAAUGACGAAUAUUGGCACCAUCUACAUGUUCAUUAUGACGGCAAGGAUAAAUAUCCUGAUGCUAUUACCAAUAUAAAACUAGUUUAUGCACUACAAGACAAAUUGAGAGUGCUUGAAGAAUUGAGUAAAAGUCAAAAGGAUGGUCUUAAAAUAUGGGAAAACAAAGACAACUGGAAUAGUGUGAAUCCUACUCGGUUUGGCAACGUGGCAGUUCGAAAUAGUUCACGCUGCCUAAUUACAAAAGAUAUUGACGUCAAUCAAUUAAUAAAUAAAAUAGCUCAACAAAUUAGUGCGUCGACAUCUGAUGAAUCUGAAGAACUUGCGUCUAAUGAAUCAGCAGAAUUCACGUUGAACGAACCUGAAGAAUCGACAUCUGAUAAGCCUGAAGAAUCCCACUAA